AAAAAAAAAUAGAAGGACUAAAGGUGGACCCAUAUCGGUUGACGCAACGGAUUCUGAACCUCUCGGUCGUUCGUUUUUACUCUCUCCAAGCUCUAGCCAUGGUGGUGACCAUCUUCUUCUAACCGCGAAAACCACCUCUCUCUCUUAUCUUUCUUCUCCGCCAAGUUUCUCGUUGCAAUUUCUUUCUUCUUCCUCCAGAUUCCUUAAGCUUUCUUUAGCAUCUCGCGAAUCCUUCUACUAAGCUUAACAAGAUCUCAUGGCGAAAACAGCUUCUACACAUCCCGGGUCUGGUUCCGAAGCUUCAAGAUCCGGUACACCUGGAGAUGCGUCUGGCAACAAACCUCAGACGGAUCCAACCGGCGUCUCAGCUACUGAUACUGCUUCUCAGAAACGCGGCCGUGGUCGACCGCCAAAGGCUAAAUCUGACUCUACACAAAACGGUGCCGUUUCUGCUAAGGCGAGUACAAAACCGAGUGGUCGUCCGAAAAGAAACGUAGCUCCGGCUGUUCCUACUACUUCUGUGGCGGCCGCUGUGAAGAGCCGUGGUAGGGCAAAGAGGUCGACUGUAACGGCGUCUGUGGUUACUACUGCUACUGGAGAGGGUUCAAGAAAACGAGGGAGGCCAAAGAAAGAUGACGUGGGGGCUCCAGCUAAUAAACGUGGACGGAAACCUAAUGUCGAAGCAGUUGCUGCAAAGCCCGUGCGCAGCAGUACUAGGAAGAGCACUUCAGUGGCAGCACCGGUAGCUGCAAACCUCGGAGAUCUCAAGAAAAAAACCACACUCUUACAAAAGAAAGUGAAGGAAGCUGCAGCUAAGUUGAAACAAGCAGUUACAGCAAUUGACGAGGUCCAAAAGCUAGCGGAUGGAAUGUAAAAGAAAGCUACUGGUAUGACUGAAUCUACAAGGGAUAACGAUGAUGGAGAAGAAAUCUUUAUGUGUUUUAGGGAAUUUAGGAGAAAACAUUCAUUUGGAGGAAGACUGAUUGGUUGAUGUUUGAUUUUCAAUUUAGGGUUGUUUGUUUGGUACGUUCCUAGGAUUGCUACCAGAAGAGGCUUAAACAGUAGUAGUGUUAAAAUGGUCUUUGUGUAGCUCUGAGAUGGAGAAACUGUCACUCUCCCUUCUGAAUUUGAUUUGCUACGUCUUUGUUAUCAAGCAAUUUUAACCUUCUUUUUCUUUGAGGUUUAUGAAUCUGGCUGGAGUUAUUAGAGAA